AUGCGUAGAGGUACUGCUUUAAAAGCUCGACAGGCAAAUGGGAAACUUUUCCUCGUUGAUGUUCCAGAGAAUCGCUAUCAUUUUGUUUCUACCUGGGACCAUAUCCAAGAAAUCAAUGCUGUUCCGGAUACUGUACUUUCGUUGACCGCUACCGCAAAAGAGAUUCUCCAGCCUGAGUACACGAUGCAUAAGUUUAAUUGGGCAAACUCUAGGCGUCACGAUUCGGUGCCUCUCACUCGAACACUGCAGACAUAUCUUACCAACUGGUUACCUAAUCUACUCCCAGACCUGCGCUGCCAUCUUAGGGUAACAUUUGAUCGACAAAUUCUAGCUGGACCGCUCAAAAACGGCGUUAGGUCUCCUAAACUCUUCCCAGUAUUGGUUGAGGCUAUUGCUUACUCCAAUAUUAUGGCAUUUUUUGGUAAAGACUUGGUUCAGAAUCCUGAUUUUAUGAAAGCCAGUGUUGGCUUUAUUGAAAAUACUCUAGUUAUCUCUGAGAUAGUACGAGUACUCCCUCACGUGGUUGCUCCUAUCGUGGGGAGAUUCUUAGCCCGCCACUUUAAUUCUCAAACUAUAAUAUUUGAUACCUUGAUGCCGAUCGUUCAACAGCGACUUGAACAGAGAGAACGGAAGAAGUACGGGCAUGAAGUUCCCGAGCAUCACAGCAGCAUGACUGUAUACAAUGGAUUAUUAAUGGUUCCACGGUAUGCUUUUGAUUAUUUGAGCACGCGGCGCGUAGCCCUUAAACCGUUUGAACUUUCCGGCAGUCACCAGGUCCCUGUCGGCGAAUGGGUCUGUACAGCUCCUGGUGCAAUGCAUCGUGAUUCUGCCUACUAUGCAAAGUCAUCCGAGUUUCACGGCUUCAGAUUUGUUGAGCCAUUCCUCUACAGAACUAUUCUUGAGGCCACUAAUUUCGAGAUACCAGAGUUAGGCAAAUCAUCGGAAUUUGUGUCCGUUCCAGGUUGGCAGCUCUGGGCUAUAGGGCGUGUUUCAUGGAAGCAUCAUGAAUAG